GCCACCAACUUGUGAGGGGGAGGAAAUAUAAACCUGUAGGUGGAUAUACUUCCUCGUGGAGCAUAGUUCUCAUCCUAAAAGGCAGAUCUGUAGUCUGUACAUCCUCACUGCUCAUCAUACCUACCCCCUAAGCAUCUGAAUCCCAAAACAUAUAUGCAAUAAAAACACCACAUAAACUCUUCACAUAACUGCGUAGAGGAAGAGUUUGAUUCAUCGAAAUGACUUCCUUCUUCAAUCCCUUCUCUCUUCCCAUCUUGUUCCUUUCCAUUCUUACCUUCCUCAGCCUUACCGCUCAUGCUGCUGACCCUGUUCAUCUCUACACCGUAUGUGAAAACACCACUUUCAGCGCCGAUAAUAGCAUCUACCAAUCCAAUCUAAACUCCCUCCUUUCUUCUUUCUCCUCCAACGCCAAUGUUGAUUUCUACGCCACCACUAAGGGCGGAAACACCUCCGACCCUGUCUUUGGCCUCUCCAACUGCCGCGGUGAUGUCACCCGUCAACUCUGCCGAGAAUGCGUGGAAGCAGCAGUGAAAGAGCUAACCAGCAAGUGUUCAAGAGAAAAAGUCGCCGUGACAUGGUACGAUGAGUCCUUUUUGCGCUACUCUAACCGGUCUUUCUUAACCACCGUCGACGAAAGACCAAUGUUCGGUUUGUUAAACACCCAGAAUGUGACAGAUCAGGACAAGUUUAAUCAGUUAGUGAACACGUCGAUGAUUGCGUUGCUGACUGACUUGGCAAGGGAAAUCUCGGACGUUUCAACCGGUGCUAAGAAGUUUGGGACCAGGCAAGUGAAUAUAUCUGCGUUUCAAACACUGUACAACCUUUUACAGUGCACACCGGACCUGUCCGGCGCCGAUUGCUAUAGUUGUCUUCUGGACGCUAUAAAUCUUGUUCCUUGGUGUUGUGGUGGAAAGCAAGGGGGCAGAAUUGUUUUUCCCAGUUGCAAUAUUAGGUACGAAUUGUACCCAUUCUACCGGAUGGCAACAACGACGCCCCAGCCUUCCCCUGGGCUUCAACCUCUACUUCCAGGGCUUCAACCUCCACCUCCGGAUUCCGUCGGUAGACCAAAAGGAAAAGGAAAAAUCUCACCAGUAAUUAUUAUCGCCAUUGUUGCUACAAUUGCUGCCUCUGUGGUGCUAGUCAUUCUGGCCUACUGUUUCCUCCGGAGGAGAGCGAGAAAGAAGUCUGAUGCUAUAAAUGAAGAGAGUCCCAAGCAAUCUGAUGGUUUGCUUAAUUAUCAUGCUGCAAGUGAAAUAUCAGCUGAUUUAGCUGUAGAAUCCUUGCAAUUUGAUUUUGUGACAAUUGAAGCCGCCACAGACAAAUUCUCAGAUGACAACAAGAUUGGCGAAGGUGGAUUUGGAAAAGUUUACAAGGGUAUGCUACUUGACGGGAAGGAAGUAGCAGUUAAAAGGUUCUCAUCAAAGUCAUUGCAAGGCUUAGAGGAAUUCAAAAAUGAGAUCAUACUUAUUGCUAAACUUCAGCACAGAAAUCUUGUGAGGCUAUUGGGAUUUGGCAUAGAGGGAGAGGAAAAGCUGCUUGUAUACGAGUUCAUGCCCAACAAAAGCCUUGAUAUUUUUAUUUUUGAUUCAAAAAGGAGCCCAUUACUUGAUUGGAAGACUUGCUAUAACAUUAUUAGCGGGAUUGCUAGAGGACUUCUAUAUCUUCAUGAGGACUCCCGCCUUAAAAUCAUUCAUAGGGACUUGAAGCCUAGCAAUGUGUUGUUGGACCAUGACAUGGUUGCCAAAAUAUCAGAUUUUGGAAUGGCGAGGAUCUUUUAUGAAAAACAAAAUAUAGCAAACACCAAAAGAAUUGUCGGAACAUAUGGGUAUAUGGCUCCAGAAUAUGCAAUGGAAGGAGUGUUCUCUGUGAAGUCAGAUGUCUUCAGCUUUGGUGUAAUCUUACUUGAGAUUAUUAGUGGGAAAAAGAAUAGUGGCUUUUACCUUACAGAACAUGCCCAAACACUCCUUACAUAUGCAUGGAGACUAUGGUGUGAAGAUAAAGUGUUGGAGUUUGUGGACAACUUCUUGAUGGAAUCAUGUUCGACAUUAGAAAUUGUAAGGUGCAUACAUAUCGGACUUUUGUGCGUGCAGGAAGAUCCACAAGAUAGACCCAACAUGUCGACUGUGGUAGCAUUGCUAGGAAGUGAAUCAAUAGCCCUUCCUAAACCAAGACACCCUGCAUUUUCUGUGGCUAAAUUCAUUCAGAUGGAUGAAUUCUCUGUAAAUGAGCUUAGUUUUUCUAGUAUUGUACCACAAUGAACGCGUACAACUGUAUAAGAUUGGCAUUAGGUCUUGCAUAAUGGUGAACUUAAUAUUGCAGACUAAAAUUUCUAUAAAUUAGGAAUAGGAUACGUGUUGGGAAGGAAGGUUCAGUUAAUUGAGCAAAUAAAGGUGAUUUUUUGGGGU